CUUGAUACAAAAGUCGGGAUGUUUGACGCGUCGGUAUUUAUGGGAGCAUGUUUCCCAAGGCUGGAGAUGAAGCCUCGUAAGCUUCUGCGAAGCUUGAUUGAAGCGACGCAGAGGCCUACGUAAGUCUCAACAAGGUUCUUGACGCAUAAAGAACCCUCUGCUCCCACGACGAGGCGGUGACGCGACGACGCGCGCAAGCUCUCACGACAACCAUAUUCUUCUUAUCUGUUGUUCCUCUUCUUCUUGGCAUUUGUACUGCGUUUGUUCUCGUCCCAGCGUUCCAGUUGUAUUAUGAUUCCGACAUUUGAUACCCAAUUAUCUGCAGCGUCCACAUCACUCUAUUGAAUUAAACAUCAAUACUUUACAACACCCGCAAGCACAACUACAACCGCAAACAUGAAGCUAUCAGCCGCUCUCCUCCUUCUCCCCUCGACCAUCCUCGCUACCCCCGUUUCCACCAGCCAAGCCUCUUUUGCCUCCCUCCUUGGCCUCACAACUCUCACGCACGACCACUCCGCACCCUUGAGACACGAAUCCAAAUUCUUUAAUGAAGCAAAAUUUCACCCUCAUUACGACGGCCGUUUUGCGUCAUCCACGCUCCCGCAGCAAAGCCGCACGGUGCAUCUCCGUCUGCUGGUAAAGACCUACAUGGAGACGAUGGCGAGAAUAGGCGUGAGGACGUGGAUCAUGCAUGGGAGUUUGUUGGGAUGGUGGUGGAACGGGUCCAUUUUAACAUGGGACAGCGACGUGGACGUCAUGGUUGAAGAGAGCGGGAUACUGGAGUUGGGGGAAUGGUGGGGAUUGAGUGUCCACCCCUUCACGGCAAAGGAGUUGGGGCUGCUAGUAGGGGAUGAGAAAAAUGACGACAUGUUGGGCCUGAAAAAAGAAGACUGGGACACGCUACAAAAACACGGCAAAAAGUAUCUGCUCGAGAUCAAUCCGCACCACGUCAACCACGACACAAGAGACAAGUUCAACGUGAUAGAUGCACGGUGGAUUGAUACAUCGACGGGGCUGUUCAUCGAUAUCACGACUGUACACACGUCGCCUAGAAACGACGGGGAAAUGUUUACGAAAGAUGCUCACGCCUACGACCACUCUCAGCUCUUUCCCCUGCGGCAGACUACUUUCGAGGGCGUGGAGGUUCUGGUCCCAUACGCGUAUGAGGAGUUGUUGCAUGAAGAGUACGGGCCUGGGGCGUUGACGAGGACGAAAUUACAUGGCUACAAGUUCGAUGGCAAAGCGUGGGUUGAUACGGGGUUUACUGGACGGCAGGAAUUGAUGUCUGGAGGGGGGAAGAGGAGAGGGAAGAAUGGGAUCGUUGGCGAGAGAGCGGCAUGAUCAGUUGGCGAAGGGCUUUUUGGCGAGAGAGGGAAGGGGAUGGAGAUAUUCAAAGCCACACACUUGAGCGGGCACCUGGUAGUGGUAAGUGCUUGGAACGAAUUAUGAUUGAUCAACUAGUUUCUCACUUUGAAGUUGCUUCGUAGUUGUCCAACACAUACUUUGUUCAUGUCCAUACGAAUUACUUGGUGUUUUGUAUCCCACUAGCUUCCUCCAAGUAUCGAUCGUAUGAGAGGACUGACCGGCUC